CACUUCAAUCAGACGCGGAAUGGAUUUGUAGACGGGGAGUCGCUGAAUCUAUGUGCGCAUCGCGUGACAAAAAUCGCCGUGUUUUUACAUAACACAAUAGCCGGUCGCUCUCACGUGUUUAUAUCAAAAAUAUUGUGGUAGAUCGCGACUAAUCAACUGACGUGUACGCCACUUCAAUUAUUCUGUCGUAUCUCGGAGCGCGUUGAUCGCGUCCGGCAGCGUGGGGCUGGUCCCCAUCGGAGCCCUGGGAGCGGACGACAUGGUACAGGAGGGGGAGGGGGCCGCGGGCGCGCUCAUCGCCCCGCGCCGCCUGCCCAACCCCUGCCUCAAUAGCCCGCAGAGGAUGGACCUGCAUCGGGAGCUGUUGUUCAACCAGAAGAUAGGCAAGAACGUCUUGAACCAGAAGAGCGAACUACAAAAGGCGCUUUCAAAACACAAAGAAAAGCAGAUUUUGAAUCAAGUUAAGGAACACAAGGAAACGCCAGAACUAGAGCGAGCCAUAGCGGAGCGCGCGCGGCGGCUGGAGGCGGCGGCGCCGGCGCCGGCGCCGGACCCGGCCGCCUGCGCCGCGCUGCAGGAGCUGCGCGCGCGCCUGCGCCCCGCCGCGCACGAGACGUAGUUCGCCCGCAUCCAGCUAGGUGCCGCUCCUCACCACUAACAAUCUAUUCAUUUCGUGACUUUAGAAAUCAUUUGACCUGACGAAAACAAUUUAACCGAUACGAUAUCGGGUCGGCGGGCCAAAAUUAAAUUCUAACUUGAAUUUGUAUCGACUGGCUAAAUCGACACCAUUCGAACCUUGAAAGUUGAAGGGUUCAAUCGUGACCAUGUUUCAAAUGCCGCUCCUAAACUGCCAAAUUCUCUUUUUACUAAGCUUAUAUUUUGAUUUUUUUUGACACCAGACAGGAGGUUCCUUUCAAAGCUAAAUAAAUAGAAAUAAAAAUAGAUUUGUCAUACACCCGAUAUAAAAACAAAACAUAGGGAAUGUGACACUUUGAGAACAUGAUAAUUAAACCGUCAAUGCCUAAUUGUAAUAAUAUAAAUGUGGGAGGUGCAAUAUUGCUACUAAUUUUAUGGAAAUUGCUUGUGGCUCGUCUUGUGGAUAACAAAAAAAAAUACCGAGAAGAACUAUACAUAUUUCUGCAGGCCUUACACAGGAGCAGCGCGGCAGUAUCUCGCCCGAGAGAUAGACUACCCGUCCCUCUCUAAUUAAUACAGUAAAAAAAAAAAAACGGGUAGUCCAUCUCGCAGGCGAGCUACUGACGCGCUCCUGUACUGUAUCGGCAUCUAGUAUACUUUGUAGAUCAACCCCUUAUCUAAUUACAUGAUGUUAAUAUUCAUGCUUAGCAGUCAUCAGUAUUCAAUUGCCUUAAGAUUAAUAUUUACGAGUAAUAUGGCUAAAUCAUUACAUUUUUGACUAAGAUUGAAUAUUGACAUAACUAAUUUCCAAUUUCACGUUGAAUAUUACAUAAAAAAAUCUCUCUCUUCUAAUAAAUUCUGUAGUGAGUGGACAUAAAAAAAAAUAGUUGGUAUACAAAAUUGCCGGUUUAUAUCCUGUAUUCAAAUUCAUUGAAAAAUAUAAUUGAGCAUCAUUUUAUCUUGGAAGUAAUUUAAUAUGUAUUAUGAGUAACGAGUAGAAUUAAAAUUAUAGCCAUGUUCUUUGUAGCCAUAAUUUAAGAUUCUGUAGACUAUAAAAUACUUGACGAAUAAUGGAAAUGAAAAUAAAGUCGAUAUCAAGUGAGACUGCUCGCGACAUCUAGUAAGGGCUUUCAGUAACUCGAGCCCCUGUUUGAGUUGGGUGAAGGAAAAACUUCGGGCAUAACUUUAAUUUGAAGGGUUAUUAAAGUAUAAUAAUAUUGUUGGUUGAAUGAGUGAUGCUAUAGCGGGUGUUUUGAUUAUAUAAAUAGCAUGAGCAAAUACUGGUGAUGUGUGCAGUGUGCUUUGAAUGCGAGUUUUAGUUUUAAGGCUAAUGGUUAACCUGUCGUACAGGUAUUUGGGAUUCACUUUGAGUGUCACAAAUGUAGCGUUGCGUUCAUGGCAUUUUGAUUUCACUAUGUGCAUCGGUAAAAGUUGCUUUAAUGGCUACUUAGGUGUGAAUAUUAGGCGCUUUAAUCGUCGUUCGUAUUACUAAAGCUGGCAAUACACACUAGGGUAUGCCUGCGCAGUUUUGCCAACUGCACCGGUGAAACGUAGCGUACCUAUGUAGCAUUCGACUGUGCAGUUUUCUAACCAGCUUCGACUGUGCAGUUGAACUGUACAGGCAAAACUGCGCAGGCGUGCCCUAGUGUGUACGGCCAGCUUAACUGUAUCAACGAUGGCGGAAUCGUCGGAAUAAUGACCCCAUAAAUUAUUUAUCUUCAGGACAGGAACUAUUAUUUUGUUACCGUAUAUUAAGUGCACUAUUAUUUCGGUUCGAUACUACGUAUACUUAUAAUUAUCGUCUCGAACAAACGACUGAGAAGGGACUGCAUGAGGUAUCUAAUAAUAAUAAGGGUAACGUCGACUUGUAACCAAGAGAAUGAAAUAUUUUUCUAAACUUUUUAAUGUCACAAACCUAACAUUUUGUCGUCGUAGAGUUCAUUUAUAAGCAUUUACUGUUCUCGUUGACUCCUUACUUGUCUAUCAAAGUAACCAUGUUUAGGCAUAGGUACAUGUGUAUCGAGGUAAUUGUGUAAUAUUAACUAUUUUAUUACAUACUUAUAUAGAGAGUAGGUAAAUGUUGAAAAUAAUAUAGAAUGUAUUAUUAGUGAAAAUAACUCGUAAGCGUGAUUUAAAUGUAAUAAAUUAUUUUAAUUACAAUAUAGAAUUCUUAUGAAUUGUAGAAUCAACGAUAUUAUAUUCAGAAACAAACCCAUAGAGACUUAGAGCUAGUUUAUUUACUGAUAAAUAUAGCACAAGUAUCCGACUUCUAUGAACUUAUCAAGUGCACCAAUAAAUACCUAUAGAUGACCAGUACGUUUGAAUGUGUUCAUAAAAGUGAUAGAUGAUAAUAUUUUUGUAUACUUCAUUAUUCCGUAGACUACAGUAUGUCUGCAGAAUUGAAUUUUUAUAAUGGUUGGUUUGUUUGGUUACCCUAGUUCUACGCUUUUUCAGUGUUGACUACCUAACUAAAUGUAUCAAAUCAAAUACAAAUCAAAAAUCCCAUCAAAGAGCGUUUUUACAUUGUUCGAUCGGCGCAGUCUUUAGCGGUCACGCACACUACAGCAAGCAUUAUGCCUACACAUACACACACCAACAAAUAUAAUCGGUCCGACCGAUGACGGGGGGCUCAGUUAGGCUGAAUUUAUCGGAAGCGCCUUUCCGAUAUCGGAUGUCGGAACGCCUAUGACAAAAACAGCUGCAGGAGAGUCGCCAUUGGCAUUAGGUGCCUUUUUUGCGUAAUUUAUCGUUAUUUAGUAAUAAUGAUCUAUUAAAUGCAUAAAUAAAUACAGAGAAGCACAUAUAUCUUACAUUUUACUCCCUUCCGAGUCUUCCGACGUCCGAUAUCGGAUCGGACUAUGUGAAAAACGCUCUAAAGAGUUGCUCCAAAAUCAUGGUACCAAAUCUUUAUGUAUGUCUAUUCAAGUUGGUUUAGGACGUGUAACGAAUCUCUGGAUAAUUACUAUAUUAUAACAUAACCACAUUCUACCUUUUAUAUGCUAUGCAGUGUCCUGAAAAUAUAAAAUUUAACUUCAUUUUUGUUGCUCUCCAAAUAAAUGUACACAAAUGUAAAACAGUUCAAAUUAUGACCAUUACCAGCCCACUAAAAGGUCUAAUUUCAAAAAUAUUGGGUUCUCUCCAUUGUGCCUAUUAUAUAUAUACAUAUACGUAGUUGUUAUUUACUUUCAGAGUAUUAAUUAUUUAUAUCAUAUUAAGGUAGGGAUAUUAUGAAGGAUGAGAAUUCUCGAAAAGCUACGAAAUUUUAAUACCAUUCCACUUGUUAUUCUUUCACUACAAUGUUUUUUUAUUAUUGGGAGCUGCUUUUUCUAUGUUAAGUGUUAAGUUGUUUGUGUCCUAGUACAAAGUCUUCAGUGAAGGGCUAUUGUUUACCUGAGCUUGUGCAAGCAACGUGGCCAUUUUAUUUGAAUAAUUUAAUGUGAAACUGAACUAUAGUAUUAAGUGAGUUACUCUUCGUAAUGGCAGACAACGUUUUCACAAUGAAAACUGUAUUAAGAAUUCAAUAAUUUCUAUAGACAAAUAAACGUGUUUUAGCAAAA